UUGACCACAGAUGCAAAAUGACUGCUCAAGUAACCCUAGAGGAUGCCUUGUCCAAUGUGGAUCUUUUGGAAGAAUUACCAUUGCCAGACCAGCAACCAUGCAUUGAACCUCCACCAUCCUCUCUGCUUUACCAGCCAAACUUCAACACUAACUUUGAAGACAGAAAUGCAUUUGUCACUGGCAUUGCAAGAUACAUUGAGCAAGCUACAGUGCAUUCCAGCAUGAAUGAAAUGUUAGAAGAGGGUCAGGAAUAUGCCGUCAUGUUGUACACAUGGAGAAGCUGUUCAAGAGCCAUUCCUCAGGUCAAGUGUAACGAGCAGCCUAACAGAGUAGAAAUCUAUGAGAAAACUGUGGAAGUUCUGGAGCCAGAAGUCACAAAACUGAUGAAUUUUAUGUACUUUCAGAGAAACGCGAUUGAACGCUUCUGUGGCGAGGUGAGGCGCUUGUGCCACGCGGAGAGGAGGAAGGACUUUGUCUCCGAGGCCUACCUCAUCACGCUGGGCAAGUUCAUCAACAUGUUUGCAGUGCUGGAUGAGCUGAAGAACAUGAAGUGCAGCGUGAAGAACGACCAUUCCGCCUACAAGCGGGCUGCUCAGUUCCUACGUAAAAUGGCUGAUCCUCAGUCUAUUCAAGAAUCCCAGAAUCUUUCCAUGUUCCUCGCUAACCACAACAAGAUAACUCAGUCUUUACAGCAGCAGUUGGAAGUGAUUGUUGGCUAUGAGGAGCUGCUUGCAGAUAUUGUGAAUUUGUGUGUGGACUACUAUGAAAACAAAAUGUAUCUCACACCUAGUGAGAAACACAUGCUUUUAAAAGUUAUGGGCUUUGGAUUGUACCUGAUGGAUGGAAGUGUCAGUAACAUCUAUAAGCUGGAUGCAAAGAAGAGGAUAAAUUUGGCCAAGAUAGACAAGUUCUUUAAGCAGCUGCAGGUCGUCCCACUUUUCGGUGACAUGCAGAUUGAACUCGCAAGAUACAUUAAGACCAGUGCUCACUAUGAGGAAAAUAAAUCCAGAUGGACAUGCACGUCUUCCAGCAGCAGUCCCCAAUAUAAUAUAUGUGAGCAAAUGAUCCAGAUCAGAGAGGACCAUAUGCGUUUCAUUUCAGAACUGGCUCGUUACAGCAACAGUGAGGUGGUGACGGGCUCUGGGCGCCAGGAGGCCCAGAAGACGGACGCGGAGUAUCGGAAGCUCUUUGAUCUCUCCCUGCAAGGGCUGCAGCUUCUCUCUCAGUGGAGCGCGCACGUCAUGGAAGUGUAUUCCUGGAAGCUGGUACACCCAACUGACAAAUACUCUAAUAAAGAUUGUCCUGACAAUGCAGAAGAGUAUGAAAGAGCAACAAGAUACAAUUAUACUAGUGAGGAGAAAUUUGCUUUGGUUGAGGGGGUACAAAAUGACCUGAUACUCUUGCAGAAGACUCUCAGAGGUGUUUUGCAGGCCAUCCGCAAGACGGUCUGUGACUGGGAGGCAGGUCAUGAACCGUUCAAUGACCCAGCUCUGAGGGGAGAAAAAGACCCCAAAAGCGGCUUUGACAUCAAAGUGCCACGGCGCGCGGUGGGACCCUCCAGUACUCAGCUUUACAUGGUGAGAACUAUGUUAGAGUCCCUCAUUGCUGACAAAAGUGGUUCCAAGAAAACCUUGAGAAGUAGCCUUGAGGGGCCCACCAUAUUGGACAUAGAAAAAUUCCAUCGCGAGUCUUUCUUCUACACUCAUUUGAUAAAUUUCAGUGAAACCUUGCAGCAGUGCUGUGAUCUGUCUCAGUUGUGGUUCAGGGAAUUCUUCUUAGAGCUGACCAUGGGCAGAAGAAUCCAGUUUCCCAUUGAGAUGUCCAUGCCUUGGAUUCUGACGGAUCAUAUUUUGGAGACCAAAGAGGCAUCAAUGAUGGAGUAUGUUCUGUAUUCUUUGGACCUUUAUAAUGACAGUGCUCAUUACGCUCUUACCAAGUUUAAGAAGCAGUUCCUGUAUGAUGAAAUUGAAGCAGAGGUAAACCUGUGUUUUGAUCAAUUUGUCUACAAGCUGGCGGACCAAAUAUUUGCAUACUACAAGGCAAUGGCUGGCAGUCUGCUGCUGGAUAAACGGCUGCGUUCAGAAUGCAAGAACCAGGGAGCAACCAUUCAGUUACUGCAGUCCAACCGCUACGAAACGCUGCUGAAACAGAGACACGUGCAGCUUCUUGGCAGGUCAAUAGACUUGAACCGACUAAUCACGCAGCGGAUUUCAGCAGCCAUGUAUCGAUCCAUGGAACUGGCAAUCGGCCGCUUCGAGAGCGAGGAUUUGACCUCCAUUGUGGAGCUGGAUGGCUUGAUAGAGAUAAACAAAAUGACUCACAAGCUUCUGAGUCGGUAUAUGACCUUGGACAGCUUUGAUGCCAUGUUCAGAGAAGCUAAUCACAAUGUGUCAGCCCCAUAUGGAAGAAUCACCCUUCACGUCUUCUGGGAACUCAAUUAUGAUUUCCUUCCAAACUACUGCUACAAUGGAUCCACUAACAGAUUUGUUCGAACUGUGCUACCCUUUUCUCAGGAGUUUCAGAGAGACAAGCAGCCCAAUGCACAGCCCCAGUAUCUCUACGGAUCGAAGGCUUUGAAUCUGGCGUAUUCCAGCAUCUACAGCAACUACAGGAAUUUCGUUGGCCCGCCUCACUUUAAAGUCAUCUGUAGGCUUCUUGGCUAUCAGGGCAUUGCUGUAGUAAUGGAGGAGCUGCUGAAAGUUGUCAAGAGCCUGCUGCAAGGGACGAUUCUUCAGUAUGUCAAGACCCUCAUGGAAGUGAUGCCUAAAAUCUGUAGGUUACCGAGACAUGAAUAUGGUUCUCCAGGUAUCUUGGAAUUUUUUCACCAUCAGCUGAAGGACAUUGUUGAAUACGCAGAGCUGAAGACCGUGUGUUUCCAGAACCUGCGGGAGGUGGGGAACGCUGUGCUCUUCUGCCUGCUCAUUGAACAGAGCCUGUCGCUCGAGGAGGUGUGUGACCUGCUGCACGCGGCGCCCUUCCAGAACAUCCUGCCGAGGGUUCACGUCAAAGAGGGUGAAAGACUUGAUGCUAAAAUGAAGAGACUAGAGUCAAAGUACGCUCCGCUGCACCUAGUUCCUCUCAUUGAGAGAUUGGGAACCCCCCAGCAAAUCGCCAUCGCGCGCGAGGGGGACCUGCUGACCAAGGAGCGCCUCUGCUGCGGCCUCUCCAUGUUCGAGGUCAUCCUGACGAGGAUCCGCUCCUUCCUGGACGACCCCAUCUGGCGCGGGCCCCUGCCCAGCAACGGCGUCAUGCACGUGGACGAGUGCGUGGAGUUCCACCGCCUCUGGAGCGCCAUGCAGUUCGGGAGAUGCAGCCUCUCUGUGUUUGUCUCUUGCAGGCAGUGCUUUGGAGACGGCCUGCACUGGGCUGGCUGCAUGAUCAUCGUGCUGCUGGGGCAGCAGCGGCGCUUCGACGUGCUCGACUUCUGCUACCACCUGCUCAAAGUGCAAAAGCACGACGGCAAAGACGAGGUCAUAAAAAACGUGCCUUUGAAGAAGAUGGUUGAGAGAAUUCGCAAGUUCCAGAUUUUGAAUGAUGAAAUAAUCGCUAUUUUGGACAAGUAUUUGAAGUCUGGCGAUGGAGAGAGCACCCCCGUGGAGCACGUGCGCUGCUUCCAGCCUCCUAUUCAUCAGUCCCUGGCCAGCAACUAGACUUCCCCUUCCUGUUCUAGUUACAGUAUUUUUCUCCACCUAUUUAGACUAAAAGAUUGAGAAAGGAAAAAAAAAAAAAAAAAAGCAAAAUCAACAGUUCUAAGAAAUAAUCUCAUCUGCCUUUUUCAGCAUACUUGUGCCAUUUGAGUGGUGCUUUGCCCUCUUCGGUCUCCAAGCACAGUAACUAUAUACAAUCCAUACUUAUUUUUCUAGACUAAAAUUUUAUAUACUUGAUUAAAUGCCUGC